AUGAAGUCCUCGACCUCGAACAUCAAGAACGCCUCCAACAACCACAACAACUACAGCAGCAGCAGCGAUGGCAUCGGCCAACCGCGCCGCAACAGCGCUGCCACUACCAACGGCGGUGGCGCGGCUGCCGCUACGGGGAAGAAGGGCCGCGUGUCUCUCGAGACCGCGCGUCGCGAUUCGGUAGGGAAGGAGUACCUCUACAAGGUGCUGGUCGUGGGGUGCGCCGCCACCGGCAAGACCUCGCUCAUCCACAGGACCGUCGAGGGCCACUUCUCGGGCCAGUACAAGUCCACCAUCGGCGUGGACUUUGCCCUCAAGUCGCUCGAGCGCGAUCAGCACAAGAUCUUCGUUCAGCUCUGGGACAUUGCCGGUCAAGAGAGAUUUAGCAGCUUGACCAGGGUCUACUAUCGCGACGCCGUGGGUGCGUUUGUGGUAAUCGACGCCACCGCUGAUCUGAAAACUUCGCUCGAGAGCGCAAAGAAGUGGAAGGACGACGUGGACGACAAGGUGAAGCUCCCCAACGGGGAACACCUGCCCGUGGUACUCAUCGCCAACAAGUCUGACCUGUUGGGCAACAUUCACAACAUCAACGAAUCCGAGAUCGACGAAUUCGCCAAGGCCAACAAAUUCGCUGGUUGGCUCGCGACGUCGGCCAAGGAGAACAUCAACGUCGAGGAGGCUGUGGGCGCGCUCGUCGACAAGAUCCUCCAGAACGCCGAGAGGAACUGCCUGCUUGAGAGGUCGCAGGGUCCGUCCCUCGACGAACGAGUCAGGAGCCUCGAAUUGUACAGAGAACUGCACGGCAACGACUCGGGCGGUUGUUGCUGA